CGUGUGUUCACAUUUUCUGUUGGUCAACAUAAUUAUGACAAAGGACCUAUUCAGUGGAUGGCCUGUGAAAAUAAAGGCUAUUAUUAUGAAAUUCCAUCCAUUGGAGCGAUAAGAAUAAACACCCAGGAAUAUCUGGAUGUUUUGGGAAGGCCAAUGGUGUUAGCUGGAGAGAAAGCCAAACAGGUUCAAUGGACAAAUGUCUAUCUGGAUGCUCUGGAGCUGGGACUUGUGAUUACAGGAACUCUGCCUGUCUUCAAUCUAACAAAAGAACAAAACGGAAAAAUAAACCAGUUGAUUCUUGGAGUAAUGGGUGUUGAUGUCUCUCUGGAAGACAUAAAAAAGCUGACACCUCGAUUUACGCUUUGUCCAAAUGGAUACUACUUUGCAAUUGAUCCUAAUGGGUAUGUGCUACUUCACCCAAAUCUUCAACCAAAGUUACACAGGCUAGACUUUUUCACUCCCAGUUUGUUUGGGGUGGUGCAUGCUAUACAGACUGAUACAAGAACUACGUUUUAAAACUAAGGUACACUAUAAAGAAAGAUGUAUUUAGAACUCAUGGACUUUCUUUAACAUGUCAUAUUAAUUUUAAUUGAACAUCCUGGUAGCCAUUAACAUAUUAACUAACAACAUCUUAACCCUCUUUGGCAGCAAUUUUUCAGUAGAUGUAAGCUAAAACAUAACUACGUCUUUACCUUUGAAGAGGUGAGGGUGUAUUAAACUUUCAGUAGUACCUUCUUCUGAAUGCUUUUCUGUCUGAAAAUCUUAUCUGAAAUCAAAACUGGUUCAACACAAUAUUUUGGGAAACUUUUUUUGCAGUAGCAUCUCACACACACACCAAAAAAAGCCUUUAGAAAUUCUGAACUUGUUAAUCUGUUUCUACAACUGACAAAAAAUUUUAGAAAGACAGUUUGAAAACAGGUAAAAAAUCUGAGGAACUUUCCUUUGUGUUUUGUGCAUGAAAACUAUGUCAAAGCAUAACAUUGGAAAUAUUUUUUAACCUCUCAGUUUAAUACAGUUUUAAACUAAUUAAAAUAUAUGUAUUUAUAAUUUUAUAUGACACUUUUAAACAAAUAAUUUUAUAUUUUUCUGCCUAUGUACUCUGUGUUUUCUCAUUGUCCUGAGAAAGAGCAGGUGUCUCGCCUAAUAAAUGUAGCCGCUGGAUUGAGUGGUUAGUUUAAAUUAAGUGUAUGCUAACAAGAUAAAUUCUAAUUAGAUAAGAUUUGAAAAGCAGCAGAUAAUUAUGUUGUGUUUUUUUUUUUUUUUAUAAUUUCUAAGGAUUAGCAUUCUUUUCUUCAUUCUCAUUAUGUCCUGAUCAAAAUCCAACAAAUGAUAAUUAUAAAAUUGCACAUGCUUUCAGUAUGGUCCAGUAUUUGGUCCUAUGGUUUACAUUUUUGAAAGAAAUGUAAGAGGAAGGUAGAUUUAAGAGCAGAUAGAACUGUAAACAAAGGGUGCAAAAGGUGAAACUUCCACAAUUUAGUUCUGGCAGAGUAUGGUGGGAGGGAAAGCUCUGUUGACUUAAUUCACACUAUUUAAAAUUUGUCUGUUUUUUGUUUCUCUAGACAAAACCUAUGUGCAAUUCUGACAUUGAGUUCAGAACUCCUGAGCAGAAUGAGGGUUAGUCCCUGACUCCAGUACACUUGCACUGUAGAAUAUAGAUGUGUAGGAAAGAUUUCUACAAGUGGUCUGUUUAUUAAUAGUGUAAAAAAGUAAAUUACUGCUUUUUUGUUACUUCAGCAAAUUGGUGUGGGCAUACCAAAAGUUAAUUUGAGAAAAAGGAGACCUCAUGUACAGGUAACUUUGGAUGGAGGUGAUUAGUGCACUAGAAUUGCAUAGGCCUGGAAAUACAUUAGAAAGCUUCUGUCCUGCUUACUAGGAAAACUCUAACUAGAGAACUGUUUACUUUGACAAACAGCUUCCAAAGCAUGAAGCCUGCAUCCUUCUGUGUUUAAAUAAUAAAAAACAUGUUAUUGGCUGUAGUGAAGGGCGUUGCAUUAAAUUAUGAUGUUUUACUAAUAGGUGAUAAUUAGAGCCGUGCUGCAAAAAUUAUCUUCAGACUGAAAUGAAUGUGAAGACUG